CUGAUUUCUUUUCAGAGCUGCAGAGGCGAAGAUGAGGACGAUGAAGGAGGUGAUGAUGGAGAUGAUGACUCCGAAGGGCUCUCUAUCCAGGAACAAGAGGAGCAGAAACAGAGGUUAUUGAGUGAACAAAAUCGUUUGGCGGACAGGGGUGCCGCCGAAAUGAUCCUGCUACAAUUAGCGGCGGCCAGAGGCGAAGCGACGGCCGUUGCCCAGGCCUCCAUUGAGCUGGGCAUUGCGAUCCUAUUGGAUGGCAACGUCAGAGUGCAGAACCGUAUGCUGAGGUAUUUGGAUGAGAAGCGACUCACCGGGUUCUUCACCAGUUUGGCUGGCCUCAUGCAGAACUGUUCGGUCCUCGACUUGGACACCUUCGAGAGGUGCAACAAAGCUGAGGGCCUGGCUGUUGGGCUGUCCGACAUGGAAGGCAUAACCAAUCUCUACGAUGCCGAUUUCACGUGCAAAAUCUUCCGCUUCCUUCAACUUCUCUGUGAGGGCCACAAUUUGGAGUUCCAAGACUACCUUCGCUCGCAGUCGGGCAAUACAACUUCGGUGAAUCUUAUCAUCUGCACUGUGGACUACCUGCUCCGGCUUCAGGAAUCCAUCAUGGACUUCUACUGGCAUUACUCUAACAAGCCAUCAAUAGAUGAGUCUGGCAAAAAGAACUUCAUCAAGGCCAUCAGGAUUGGAAAGCAGCUCUUCCGCACACUGACUGAGUACAUCCAGGGUCCCUGUCAAGGAAACCAGUUGGCUCUGGCGCACAGUCGUUUGUGGGACGCGAUUAGCGGUUUCUUCUACCUGUUUGCGCACAUGCAGGAUAAUCUGAGCAAAGAUCCGGAGCAGCUCGAACUAUUACACGAGUUCCUCAAUCUCCAGACCGAAAUGAUGAUCAUGCUGUUAUCAAUGCUGGAGGGCAACGUUGUUAACGGACCUAUCGGACGGCAGAUGGUAGACACAUUAGCCGAGUCCUCGGCGAAUGUCGAGUUGACUCUGACCUUCUUCGAUAUCUUCCUGAGGAUGAAGGAAAUCACAAACUCCGAUGCCUUCCUUGCUUUUGAUGUGAACAAAGACGGGUGGAUUUCGCAUAGGGAAUUUAGGACGGCCCUCGAACAACAAAAGACUUUUUCAGAGGACGAAAUCACUUAUAUCAUGGGAUGCGUGGAUGCCAAUUCUGACGGUAAAAUUGACUUCCAAGAAUUCACUGAGCGCUUCUACAACCCGGCACGCGAUAUCGGUUUCAAUGUAGCCCUUCUCUUAACCAAUCUAUCGGAGCACAUCCCCGGAGAUUCGCGGUAG